AUGUCGCAUAGUAUCGUUCCUACAGAACAGCUGGAUGAUUAUCUGGAGGCCCUGAUUCAUUCACCUCUGCCGGUGGUCAACUUACAAAGUCUUCAGUCGCAAGGUACUGCACUUAAUCCCGAGGAUUCUGUAGCCUUUGCCACCAGUGUCGAAUGGGAAGUGAAGCAAGUCGCAUUGCCUCAAAUCUCGGUCGAUGAGUCGAGCGAGGAUCGUGCAUCCCGAGUGAGCUCAUCCUGUCAGCCGACUUCACCACACUUGGUUCGUGUGGAAACAAGUGACACAAAUCAUGAGUCAGAGAAUUCAGCCAAGUCGGAGAAUGUUGUACCAUCCAAAGUAACGCGACUAUCGGCCACCAGCUUCCCGGAUCAACUGCCAGCCCAUCCCGCUGGUUCCGGAGUGAGUCGUCCGUUUUCGCCACUUCUCGCGGACGAGGAUGAGUCACAAAGUGGAAACGGAGACGAACCAGGCCCGGACGGUUCACGUGAAACCUGCGAAGUUGAAACAUUGCGGGUCACAUUGCACCGACCGAAAGACGGUGGCUUGGGCUUGACCAUUGUGGGUUACGUGUACCAGUUGCCUGGUCAUGGGUUUUUGACUAAUUCCACCCAUCGGGUUGUUGCCCCGAAUAUUGCCUUUUCGUCCCCUCACAUUGGUAGCAAGACACCUUAG